AACACAAGCGGAACUGGUGUCUUUUGCAAGACUGAAAUCAUGGCAGGUCCAGAAACUAAUACCCAAUUCCAACUCACUGGUAUCAGAAAAUAUUUCAAGUCUUACACUCUCACAGGUAGAAUGAAUUGUGUACUGGCCACAUACGGAGGCAUCGCUUUGAUGGUCUCAUACUUCAAGUCAAGGUCUAAAAAAACACCAGCUGUGAAAGCAACAUAAACAGAUUUUGAAGUGUACUUCAUCUGCUAAGUUCCUAUGCCUGGAGAAGCUAGUGUUCAGGUGGGGUAACUGAAAGCCAAGAGGGAAAGGGUCUUGCCUAAGGUCACACAGCCUGAAUGGCAGGGCUGGGAUCCACACCCAGGGUCCUCUGGCUUUCUGAGGAUGCUUCCUGCCAGGACUGUCAUUUCCUUCCUCUUGGCUAGAAGAGGGGGUGUCCAGGCCCCAAGACCCAUUGUCUGAGAGAAUAAAAGCCCAAACAGGGCCCCCUAAGCUUGGUUCCCCUCAGCACCAUCACCUCCUUCUCAUCCACCCUCCCCCCAACCCACAGCCUUCAACCCCACCUCCAGCAAAUCCCAGAGGC